AUGGGGUCUCAGCUCCAAAACUUUGAUCCGUCAGCCUUUGCCGAAAACCCUCCGCUUUGUGGACUUCCACUUCAAAGGAUGUGUGAUCAAGACAAAGAGAAAGGCAGUGUUCAACAAACUGGCUUAGGGAAUCAAGACCAUGAGAGUGGGCUUGUAACACGUGGAUUUUACAUCAGUAUGGGGCUGGGAUUUGCUUUUGGAUUUUGGGGAGUUUCUGGCACAUUGAUGUUCCACGAGUUAGCCAGAUCCGCAUAG